ACGGCAGCGGGAAUCGUUUUAUAUUAUCGUCUAUCACACAUAUCGCGAUCGCGAUAAAUAUUAAAAUAUUAUUUCUGUGGAAUAAUUUCCGAUUCACAGUUUGCAUAAUUAAUUAGUUUUCACAAUUAGUGAGUCAGAUAUUGCGUUCUGCAAUUAUAAGUUUUUAAUUAUAACUUAUAUAUUCUAUUCAUGUGUUAUAAUACAACAGUUAAACAAUAAUUAAAUACUCUAAACGUUUUAAAACGCAAAUUUCUUAUUUUUCAUAUUUGAAAAGCACAGAAGAGCUUACAAAAAUACUUUGAGUUUAUCAGAGUCGCGACGUGUGCACGCAAAAUUAACUUUAAUUUUCGAUUUACAUUUACCUCUGCCGUUUGCUUGCUUGUCCAGCCGAUCUGUGUGAUAUCGUGCUUUUCAAGUUUUAUUGCAAAAUAUGUUGCGUGAUUACAAUUAAUUUUCGCGAGUGAAGAAACAAUCAGCGUUGAAUCAUUGAAAGAAGGAUGAAGAAAGCAUCGAUCAUCAACGAAAUAAAUGAAGAUUUGGUGUAAGUGAGUGGAGUCAGCUGAUUCUCAGAUGUUCGCUAAUGCAAGUGGCAAGAAAAGAUAUGGUUAGGGACGAAUACCCAGCCCCAGAGGAAAAAGAAAAAGUAGAAGAUAUGGAUGAAACAGUGCAACCGGAAGAAAAUAAUCAGGAGAAUGCCAAUGAGGAAAUGGAAUGUGUCGAGGACGAGGAAUACUCUAAUGACAUUAGUGAUAGUUUCGAAGAAGACAUGUAUUCCGCUGAUACUGGUUUUAAAGCAUUAGAGGACCAGUUGGAUCAUUUGCAAACUGCUUUGGAUCAUUUGGAAAGGAAAAAUGAUGAUAUACAUGCAGAAUUAAUCGAAUUGUUACAAUCUAAUCGGGAAGCUAGGAAACAAUUUCAAGAAUCACUACAAAUUGAAGAACAGCAAUGAAAUUGAUAACCAUGUUGUACUUAGAAAACUAAAUACUUUGUUAAUUUGGUAUCUAGAAAUAUCUAAGCAAUAUUAUUUUUAUUCUUUUUUUGAAUCAAAUGUUCCAUACAUGUGUAAAAAUCUUUGUGAAGAAUUUGAUAAUUUAUUCCACAAGUUCAAUUAUAUCUAUCAGUAUUUGAGUAUAAAAACUUUAAUAGCAUUCCUGAUAAUAAAAAAACUAAAAUUAUA